CGGUGGCCUGUCUGUCAUUUCGUGGGUCCCCGUCCUCUGCCUACGGCGAUGUUUCUUCAACAAGAACUAGGGUGCAGUCCAUUGAUAGCUGAUCAGCGUCCUUGGAUUUUGCUGAUGACCCAGGAGAGCUUUGCCUGAAGAUGGAAACACUGGAAUCGGAGCUGACCUGCCCUAUUUGUCUGGAGCUCUUUGAGGACCCUCUCCUGCUGCCCUGCGCUCACAGCCUCUGCUUCAACUGCGCCCACCGCAUCCUGGUGUCACACUGCGCCACCAACGAGUCCGUGGAGUCCAUCACCGCCUUCCAGUGCCCCACCUGCCGACAUGUUAUCACGCUCAGCCAGCGAGGUCUAGACGGACUCAAGCGCAACGUCACCCUGCAGAACAUCAUCGACAGGUUCCAGAAAGCGUCUGUGAGCGGGCCCAACUCGCCUAGUGAGACCCGCCGGGAGCGGGCGUUCGACGCCAACACCAUGACCUCGGCCGAGAAAGUCCUCUGCCAGUUCUGUGACCAGGAUCCUGCCCAGGACGCUGUGAAGACCUGUGUCACUUGUGAAGUGUCCUACUGCGAUGAGUGCCUGAAAGCCACUCACCCAAACAAGAAGCCCUUUACAGGCCAUCGUCUGAUUGAGCCAGUUCCGGACUCGCACAUCCGGGGGCUGAUGUGCCUGGAACACGAGGAUGAGAAGGUGAAUAUGUACUGUGUGACCGAUGACCAGUUAAUCUGUGCCUUGUGUAAACUGGUUGGGCGGCACCGCGACCAUCAGGUGGCAGCUUUGAGUGAGCGCUAUGACAAAUUGAAGCAAAACUUAGAGAGUAACCUCACCAACCUUAUUAAGAGGAACACGGAACUGGAGACCCUUUUGGCUAAACUCAUCCAAACCUGCCAGCAUGUGGAGGUCAAUGCAUCACGUCAAGAAGCUAAAUUGAUGGAGGAGUGUGAUCUUCUCAUUGAGAUCAUUCAGCAAAGACGACAAAUUAUCGGAACCAAGAUCAAAGAAGGGAAGGUGAUGAGGCUUCGCAAACUGGCUCAACAGAUUGCAAACUGCAAGCAGUGCAUCGAGCGGUCGGCAUCACUCAUCUCCCAAGCGGAACAUUCUCUGAAGGAGAAUGAUCAUGCGCGCUUCCUACAGACGGCGAAGAAUAUCACUGAGAGAGUCUCCAUGGCAACCGCAUCGUCCCAGGUCCUAAUUCCUGAAAUCAACCUCAAUGACACAUUUGACACCUUUGCCUUAGAUUUUUCCCGAGAGAAGAAAUUGCUAGAAUGCCUGGAUUACCUGACAGCUCCCAACCCUCCCACGAUUAGAGAAGAGCUCUGCACAGCUUCCUACGACACCAUCACUGUCCACUGGGCCUCCGAUGAUGAAUUCAGUGUGGUUUCCUACGAGCUCCAAUACACCAUAUUCACUGGACAAGCCAAUGUCGUUAGUCUGUGUAACUCUGCCGAUAGCUGGAUGAUCGUGCCUAACAUCAAGCAGAACCACUAUACCGUUCACGGGCUGCAGAGCGGCACCAAGUACAUCUUCAUCGUCAAGGCCAUCAACCAGGCAGGCAGCCGCAGCAGCGAGCCUGGGAAGUUGAAGACAAACAGCCAACCAUUUAAACUGGACCCCAAAUCUGCACAUCGGAAGCUGAAGGUGUCCCACGACAACUUGACAGUAGAACGUGAUGAGUCGUCAUCCAAAAAGAGCCACACGCCUGAACGCUUCACCAGCCAAGGGAGCUAUGGUGUCGCUGGAAAUGUGUUCAUUGAUAGCGGUCGGCAUUACUGGGAGGUGGUCAUAAGCGGAAGCACAUGGUAUGCCAUCGGCCUCGCUUACAAAUCAGCCCCGAAGCACGAGUGGAUCGGCAAGAACUCUGCUUCCUGGGCGCUGUGUCGCUGUCACAAUAACUGGGUGGUGAGACACAACAGCAAGGAAACCCCCAUCGAGCCAGCCCCCCAUCUCCGGCGCGUCGGCAUUCUGCUGGACUAUGAUAACGGUUCCAUCGCCUUCUACGAUGCUUUGAACUCCAUCCACCUCUACACCUUCGACAUCACAUUCUCGCAGCCUGUGUGCCCCACCUUCACGCUGUGGAACAAGUGUUUGACCAUUAUAACUGGCCUUCCGAUCCCAGACCAUCUGGACUGCACAGAGCAGCUGCCGUGAGCUCUUGGCCACGUGGAGCUGAUUUCUGGGGGAUUAAAAAGGGCCGUGGCCACCAUUUCAGGGACAGAGAAAGCACAGGCUUCCAGAGGGUGAUUAAGUCUCACCAAAAAGUGUCCAGAAAUCAGCUAGGAUAGUUCUCCAAAUAGGCGAUUCUCCCCCUUUGCUGUCUUUUGUAUUAAGUACACGCUUUAAUAAUUUCUUCAAGGUUUUUUUUUUUUUUUGUAUCUACAGGAAAAUUUAUAGAUUAUUUAUAAAAGAAACAUACCCAGAAUUACAACUCUUAGAAAUUAUUUGAGUUUGCACAUUAAGAAGCCCAGAAGCUUACGGGCUCUUCACAACAGCCUUCGUUUCGUCACACUCUGUGGGCUUGAGGAAAAACUCUUGUGGUUUUGUGUGCGUAUCCACCUCCUCACAUCCUCAUAGCUCCUACCAAUUCUGUUGUAGGUCCUGUUGCCUCAACAGCGCAUACCAGAAUACGGGAGGAUCUUAAAAGCAAAAAAUAGUUUUGAACCUAGUAGGGCAGUACAUGGGCUUUCUUACUCUGGUUUAUUUUGAAGUGUUUUAACUGUGAUGUCAAAAACUUACUGGUUCAACCGGAAUGGAGAGCAAAAGAGAGAAUUGAAAGAAUUGACUCUGGAGCUUGGACUCCGCCAUGGCCCAGUCUGUCAUCACCCUCCAAUGGCUGGUGGGGUAAUGUCGGAAAGAAAGGUUGUGAAGCCUUCGGCCGUGUGUGACCUCACCUCUCCCAGGAUUCAGGAUUCUGGGAGCAUGUUGAGAAUUGAGAUUCCGACUGAAAAUAGUCUCUGUGAAUCCUACCGAUUUUUCAAAACGUCAGAGGCUGAUUUGUCUUUGAGCAGAAGUAGGGUUCUGUUUCAUGACAUAAGUCUGUUUCCUUCUUCCUCUUAGUAGUAUCGUGAGGCCUGUGACAUUGCUUUACUACAUUUAACAGCUGUCCUAUCUCCCUCUCUCCCAAAUCAUUUUUCUUUGCUUGCUGGGGCUGAGGGAAUAAACAUUUCCUAUUACAAAUGGCAGCACCACUUUGGACUGACUUUGCUCUCCAGGACACAUGGCCCUGACUGUCUCUACCACGUCCAAAUAUAACUCACCCGAGAAACACUAUUUAUGAGUUGGUAAUGACAAGGGACGUUGCAGAAAGUACUAUUUACUAGUAUGCGUGCCUCAAAAGCUAUAAAAAGACUUUUAUUAAACAUCUCGAAAGAUGUAGAGGACCCUCUGUGUUCUAGUAUAGUUUGCUAUGGAGUUGUAAAACAAAAAACAAAACAAGACAAAAAAACAACAACAACAAAAAAAAAAACCACACACAAAAAAAUCAAACUCGCUACUGCCACGCUGGAGACUGCUAAUAAAACCAGCUGAUAAGCGGUUGGGUGGGAUUCUGGGCAUGCGGACCUGGUAAGCUGGAAUGGUCCAUGAAGUAAGGCUUUCUUAAGCAGUCCUUGGACUUGGACCAGGAAUCUGGCAUUGGUUCUAUCUUGACGAAGGGCAUGAGAUCUAGAAGUCAUUUCAUUUGCUAACAUAUUUAUCUGAACUACGGGGUUGGCCAUUUCGACCGAACAGACUGAUGAAUUUAAGCAUUGUCUUCAGCAAUUUUGUUUUUAACCAGAUCAACCAAUUGUCACCCUGAAAUCCGUCCACAGACCCACCGUUUCAGCAUCACAUCACAUGAUUGUGAGCCCGGAACCCGUGGGCCACAUCAUGGGCGUUUCUGUCCCCUUCACGGGCAGACGCUCUCUUUUCUUAACAGAUAGAGUUUAUAUAUUUACUAUAUUAUUUAUACCCAGAUGAAUAUUUUGAUAGCUACUUAGGACAAUUUCACCUCUAACAGAUGGACACCUCAACGGAAAAAAAUUAAUCAUUCUCUGGAAACUUAAUGGUUUUUUGGGUUGUUUUUUUUUUUACAACAUAAAAAUAAUGUGUUUUUGCCUUCCCUGGGCAAACUGAAAGGGUUGUAAUUUUUACAUACUGUUUUGGUAGCUGGAUAACGGAUAUUUUAAUGCACUUUGUACACCAACAGGUUUUAAAUAAAAGGGUCUAAAAGUCAGCUUCUGAGUUUUUAAAAUGGUUGCCAGGUACCAGUAGAUGCUACAGUUUGCCUUAUGAUGUUCGUGUAAAGCAUUUACGAGGACGAUAUUUCUGUGAAUAUAAUGUUUUACAACAUAAAGAAGUUACUACUCAAAUUUUCACUGCAAGCCAUUUAGUUUAUGUUUUGGCUAUUUUUAUAAGGACAAGAGGGACUAUGUUAUAAUUUGGUUGUGGAAGUCUCACUCUUUGCUAACUUAAAAACUUUGUGGAUAGUAGCAGUUACUAUUUCCAUGUUCUCCUAUUUACAGGAAAAUGUGUAUAUGGUGAAAGGCCACCGUGUUUCCUUUCGUUACUGUAAUGGUGUAGAAAAGAUUUCCAUGUGGAUUUUUUUUGAGAGUCUAAAAAAUAUAUGCUAUAAACAUUUGCUGCAGUACAAUUCUUUCAGUGGACUGGGGUCACAGUAUUUUGUUUGUGAGGUCCAUAGCUUUGCAGGAAGCAUUGCGUUACAGGGGAGAAAGAUGGCGGCGCCACUUAAAUUAAUACAACCAAAUUGAUGCAGCACCGACCGAGGCCUGCCGGGUCUGACGUCGUGGGUGUGUGGACAGGUGCUGUCGCCAUCUUGAAAUUCUUAAUAAAUUGUGAAUAAGGGGCCUGAAAAUGCAUUUUGCGCUGGGCCUCAAAUGUUAUGUAGCCAGUCCUCAUACCAGAACUCAGGAACAUGGUACCUCUCUUCCUGGUGGAUACAAAUGAAGAAACCUGGAUCCAGUGUCCAAGGUGGCUGGCCGUGUCAUUCGAAGAGGAAUCGAAAUGGAUUGAGAGGAGAGUGGGCGCGGGUAAAGAUUUUCUUUCCAGCUUGAAACAAAAUGACUUCAAAAACUGACUGCAAAUACUGACGAUGAUGAUUUUGGCUGGAGAGAGGAGAUGACCUGAUGACGAACGGACAAUUUAUCACGGUACUGGGAUGUUGACCCUGAACUUGCCAAGGAACUGAACCAGCACUGUCCAGUGAGCGUGGGAUUCCGCUUCGGCUCCAGGCACGUAUGCGGUGCCUGAAGAGACACGCGCACGUGUGCUCGUGUACAUGUGCUUUUGGUGUUGGGAAGUUGAUGAUCUGGUCUACCCUUAUAAAAUGUUAAGCAGGAAGCAAAAGGAUGUUUUUGAAAUAGUGCUUUUCACUAUUCAACAAGGGGGCGAUCUGGCAAUGCCUGGAGGCAUUUUUGGUUACCCCAACUUGGGAGAGGGCGCUACUGGCAUCUGGUGGGUAGAGACCAGGGAUGCCGCUCAACUUCCUACAGUGCACUGCACAGCGCCCCCACCCCCCACCCCAGCCAAGAAUGAUCCGGGCAAAAUGUCAGUGGUGCCGCAGGUGAGAAACUCUUGCUCUUCGGAGGUUUUUUUAAAGCAAAACUCUCACAAAUCUGUUUUGCUUCUCCUGUAAUUGAUUCAAUGCCUGAUCUAUCCAAAAGAAAAGAAAAGGGGACACUUCACUGCAGAAGUUUCACUGCAGUGACUCCUUCAGUUUAAGAAAUAUUUACAAAACCAUUACAAAAAUCUGGAACCCGAAAGGCAGUCCAAGCCUGUGUAAACGGGAAUCCAGUGAUGUGUCACAAAGAUCUGGAUGUGAUUUGCUUAGUUUGGAAAGGCAGAGUGGACUCUGGCCCGCCCCUUCACCUGCACAAAUCCAGUCCCUGGUGCUUGAGUCACAGUGCCACGCCCUUGGCCCGGACUGUUCUCUCCAUUGCUGUUGCUUUCUGGUUCAAAAUAAAAUCCUUUUUGUGGUUCCAA